UGUAUGCCUCCAAGUGCCGUAUCGUUGCAGAUAGCUCGCGGGUAGCGACCUGUCUCUUCCACUCGUUAUUCCGUCAAUCGAGAAAUAUUUCCGAGUACCCCCUGAUGACUAACCAAACCGUGGAAACUAACCAGUGGCCAAGUUUUAUUUGCUGUGAUAAGAUAUCGAUGGAUUGAUACGAGCGCAGUCCUGUAUUGACUCCCGAUAUCGCGCUGUUUGUUUACGAGCUUAUUACAAACGGAACGGGCUAAAUCUAGUGAGUUCUGUGGUAGCCAGUGUGAGGUGUGGUCGUGAUACGUAACCGGCAAUAUGGAUAAGGAUUCAGAAAGGCAGAAGUUGUUGGAGGAACGAACUAGUGAAUCGAGUGAUGGUCAUAGUGUGAAGGACUCUUCGUUUGAUACGAUAGUGUUUGACGGGAGGAUAGUGAAGACGUCGACAGUGGCAAGGGACCUGGCCGCGACGUGGUGCGGGCGCCGCUCCCCGCCGGACUCUGGCCACGGCAGGCUCAGGAGGACGCACUCCUGGUCCGGCGGACACCCGGACGAUGUCAGCUCGGAGAUCAGAAUAUUAAGGGAACGCCUAGUGCGAACACAGACCCGCCUGCGGCCAGGCGCGGUGCGGCACUUAACCCGUCACCAGCGGCUGACGCUCGCGUCCCUGGCUCUGGUCGACUUCAUGAGUUUCUGCUCCAUGUCCAUCAUGGCGCCCUUCUUCCCCCGCGAGGCGCAGCUCAAGGGCCUCUCCGACACAACCUGCGGCCUUGUCUUCAGCUUCUACGCCGUCAUUAUGUUUAUCACUUCACCGCUGUUCGGGAAGUUUCUACCAGUAUUUGGCGCUAAGUUCCUGUUUAUUGCCGGCAUGCUAGUUGCUGGCGUCUGCAACGUAUUGUUUGGGACUCUAGCCCUAAUAGAAGACUCGGUAUUAUUCACGGUGCUAUGUUUCGUCGUGCGAGGUCUGGAGGCACUAGGCGCAAGCGCAUACUCGACAGCGAGCUACGUGUUCGUGGUGAACGCCUUCCCAGACAGCAUCGGCUCGGUGCUGGGCAUCCUGGAGACCUUCGUGGGACUCGGCAUGUCUGUGGGACCCGCCAUCGGGGGGCUCUUGUACUCGAUCGGGGGCUUCGGUCUACCGUUUUACAGCCUUGGAAUCGUGAUGGUAUUGACUGUUCCAAUUAAUUUCUUCUUGUUAACAGACUGUGAAGAGUACGUUUCUGGAUCAAAAACGGCUUCUAUUCUACGGCUGUUCAAAAUCCCAUCAAUAAUAAUCACUGGGCUAGUAAUCGUGAUCGUGUCCAACACAUGGGCAUUCCUGGACCCCACACUGGAGCCCCAUUUGAGACAAUUUGGGCUGUCAACGAAGCAAAUAGGACUGAUUUUUCUGCUGUUUUCAAGUUUGUACGGAAUCUUUAGCCCGAUUUGGGGAUGGGUUGCAGACAGAGUACACAAUCACUGGUGCAUGAUGGUAUGGGGACUGUUCCUGUCGACUAUCGGACUACUGCUACUGGGUCCUUGUCCGUUCAUACCCGGACUGCCUAAAGACCUCUGGCUGGAUUUGGUGGCGCUGUCAAUACUGGGAAUGUCGGUUGCCCUCACUCUUCUCCCCACAUUUCAGGGAGUCCUUACUAGUUCUAUCUACGAAGGCGGAUGCCCCGAGGCGCUGGCGACGUACAGCGCGGUGGCGGGUGUGUGGUCGUGCUGCUACUCGCUGGGCGAGGUGCUGGGGCCGGCGCUCGGCGGCGCGCUCGCGCAACGGUACGGGUUCCCGCUCUGCGCGACGCUCUGUGCUGCUGCUUGCUUCACUAUGGCAGUGGUGACGCUAACAUUCUUCUCCCUCCGCGAGUCAGAGAAAUGGGCAGAGUCUAUGGGCAGCGAGUCCAUCCCGUACACGGACACCACGUGGACUAGCGACCGCUUCCUGCGCGAGCGCAGCGCUCCUACUUCCCGCGGAGAACGAUCCCCGCUACUGACGCCCUGCUCCUGCGAUAGUAAGACUGUAACAAACUUCUUGUACGGAACAAGUGCGACACCUUCAAGAAAGAUAUGUGUGGCUCACAAAAACCGUAAAAGCGGCUGGGCGAGCGUCUCCGACUCUCUGGCAUACUUCUUGAAAUUCCAAUACCUUAGCGAAGCAUACGCUAGAGUACGGAGACCUCAUAACCGAAGGACAUCCAAUCAGAAUACUGAUUUGUAUCAAAACUACCUCAAUGAUGAUAAGACUGAGAAACAUGACUCAAAUACCAAAGAAAGUGCGACGCAAAACACAGAUGUGUUUAACAAUAAUACAUUGCAGAAGAGUAGUGAAGAUAGUUACUGUGCGUACUUAGAGAAUGCGAUAUUCGGGAGUCCGGUAGGCAUGGAGAAUAAUAUGGAGAAUGUGGUGGUGAAGCGGCACAACAGCGGGCUGGUGUCGCGGUUGGACUGCGAGGACAGCGGCCGGCCCACGGACGACAUCAUACGACACAACCUCGAGAAGGUGCAGUUUUACGAACAAGCAUGCGACUCGCUGGAACAAGAUAUUUUCGAUGGGUGUGAAUGCAGAGACGAGGUUACCUUCGUUCGAGGUACAGUCACUGUCUCGUCAACAGGCGCAUGCGAAGUGUAAAACAAACUGAAUUUUAUUUUUUAAACAAUGAUAUUAAGAAUUAUCUAUAUUAACUUGUGAUAGCUUAGAUUAUUAAUUAGGUACAGAUUUUUUAUCAUUUCAAACAUUCUCAAAACUCGCAAUAAC